AUGCCCCCAUUUCUCCCACGAAAACGUUUGCGUUCUUCACCAGAGGCUGGCCCUUCCAACCCGAGCCCCAAAGAGAAAGGCAAAUCCAUCUCGACACCCCCUAGAAAGCCAACCCUCUUCGACGCUCUAGAUGCUGGAACAGGCACAAAAACCACCGCCGAACGUUCCAAAGCUCUACUCGAAAAGCUUGCAGCUACCGACGACGACGAUAGCUCUCUUACCUCCUUGGAAGAAGAAUUCGAAGAUGUACCCGCAGUGAAGCGGCAGAAAACGACUGACGAUUCUGAAGAUGAUGACAUCGAAUUUGAAGAUGUCGAAACGCCCACACUGCCAGGCCCAUCCGCACCUCCUCCUUCCGGCGAUCUCGAAUUGACAUUGCGAAAAGAUACGAGGAUCUCUUUGACAAAUCCGCUGGGGACGAAGAAAGGGCCAAGUAAGAUUGAGCGGGGGAUCCGAAUCGCAACACAUCAAGUCCACGUACAAAUGUUGAUGUGGCAUAAUGCGAUUAGGAAUUCAUGGUUAUGCGACAAAGAAUUGCAGGAAAUACUGGUGAAGCAGUUGCCUCCUUCUGUCCAGAAGCAAGUCGAGAGAUGGAGACGUGAUAGUGGCCUCAAACAGAAGGAAGAAGAAACUCCGAAGUCAAAGGGGAAGGGCAAAGAAAAGAAGACUAAUGGUGAGAAGCCAGUUGCUCGGGGUCAGAGGGAUUGGGGUAAACCGGCAGAGAGUCUGGCCUCCGGUGAAGUCAACAUGAGCAGUGGCGAUCCGCUAUAUAAGCUAUUGAGGAUGUUGAUGAGUUAUUGGAAACAAAGAUUUAGAAUUACGGCGCCAGGAUUACGGAAAUUGGGGUACAUGUCUCUCGAGAGGCUUGACGCGGAGAUGAAGAGCUAUAAUAACGAUGAACAUGACCCUGAGCUGCAUGGCGAGCGAAUCAGAGACCUGACGGAAUUCAGAGAAUGUGCCAAGUCUUUGGAGGGAAGUCGAGAUGUCGGUGCACAGUUAUUCACUGCUCUCCUGAGAGGCUUAGGUAUCGAGACAAGAAUGGUAGCCAGUCUACAGCCUGUAGGAUUUGGAUGGAGCCAAAACGAAGAGGCGUCUGAAAAGAAUCCUCGAAAGUUGAGGAAGAUGCGGCAGGAGGAUACGAAAGAUGAGGAGUCUUCGGAGAAUGGAGAGGAUGAUAGUGCGGAUGACACAAUACCUGUGAAACCUGCAAAAAGGGGCAAAGGGGAGGCCAAGGCAAAUGCAAAGAAAGAUUCCAGAACCGGUAAGAAACCAGCCAGACGAAGGUCCAGAGCUAGCGGCCUCAAGGAGUCUCCCAUUGCUUCCCCCGAAAUGGAGGAAGAGGCAUCAGAGAGUGAUGAUUCGGAUGACGAAUCGGUCAUUGACGUUACGCCGGGAAAACAGAGUGUUCAACCGUCGAAGCCGUAUGACAAAGACCUUCUCUUUCCUCAUUACUGGAGUGAGGUUCUAUCCCCCGUAACGAAUACCUAUACUCCUGUGGAUGCCAUGGUGCUUCAUAUUUUAGCCACUAAUGCACAGCUUCUUGCAAAAUUCGAACCUAGAGGUGCCAAGGCAGAUAAAGCUAAGCAAGUAACUGCAUAUAUCAUCGGGCAUUCACCUGAUGGUACAGCCAAAGAUGUUACGACGAGAUACCUCAAACGUCAAAUGUGGCCUGGCCGUACGAAGGGGAACCGGAUACCAGUUGAGAAGGUGCCAGUGUAUAAUCGCCACGGCAAAGUCAAGCAUUACGAGAAGUACGACUGGUUCAAAACUGUUAUGAGUGGCUACGUUCGAGGUAGCAAAGAUUGUCCAAUCACCGAGAUUGACGAGUAUGAAGAAGCGACAAGCCUCAAGCCCGCCAAACCCGAAAAGAAGGUGGUCGAGGAGGGGAAAGAGACUUUGCAGUACUACAAGACAUCGCCAGAGUUUGUGCUUGAGAGGCACCUGAGAAGAGAAGAAGCACUUUUACCCGGAGCAAAGCACGUGAGAAUGUUUACGGUCAAAGGUAAGGGCAAUAGUUCGGUCGAAGAGAAAGUAUUCCUGCGAAAGGACGUUGUGAAUUGCAAAACCAUAGAGACUUGGCAUAAGGAAGGCCGAGCUCCUAUUGAAGGCGAAGAGCCACUGAAACGUGUACCCUACCGCGCCGCGACCACAAACCGAAGACGAGAACUUGCCGAGGCGGAACAGGCCAGCGGCGAGAAAGUUCUUCAGGGCCUAUACAGUUGGGACCAGACAGACUGGAUCAUUCCGCCUCCGAUACAGAACGGGAUCAUACCCAAGAACAGCUUUGGAAACAUCGAUUUAUAUGUCCCAAGCAUGCUUCCUGAGGGUGCUGUUCAUAUACCAAUGCGAGGAACAGUGAAGAUCUGCAAACGCCUUGGGAUUGACUACGCAGAAGCAGUCACAGGGUUUGAGUUUGGACACAGGAUGGCAGUUCCCAUCAUCACAGGAGUAGUUGUUGCCCAGGAGAAUCUUGAGGCGGUGAUGGCGGAAUGGGAGAAAGACGAAGCAGAACGAGUGAGAAAGGAGGACGAGAAAAGGAAGAAGGCUGCAAUUGGUAUGUGGAGGAAGAUGCUGAUGGGAUUGAGGAUCAUUGAGAGGAGAAGAAUAAUGGACCAGAGAGAUGAGGACAUGGCAGGUGGAUUCCUUCCAGAAGGUCACGAUGAAGAAGAUCCAGAUCCUCACCACACAUCGAGCUUCUUCCCAGUGGUUCACGAAGACGACGAUGAACAUAGUGAUGGGUUUGUUAUUGAAGGACAAGACGACGAAGUG